AUGAGUGCUACUGAACCAACUAAUGAAAAAGUUGAUAAGAUCGUAUCUGAUGACGAAGAUGAAGAUAUUGAUGCUUUAAUUGAAGAAUUACAAUCUAACAAAGCUUUAGGUGAAGAUGAAGAAGAUGAAGAAGAAAUUGAAGGUUCAUUCAAAGCUGUUCCUGAAGAAUUAUUACAAACCGAUCCUUCAGUCGGUUUAACUUCCGAUGAAGUUUUAAGAAGAAGAAAGAAAUAUGGUUUAAAUCAAUUGGCCGAAGAAAAAGAAAACAUGUUUGUUAAAUUCAUCAUGUUCUUCGUUGGUCCAAUUCAAUUCGUUAUGGAAGCCGCUGCUAUCUUAGCUGCUGGUUUAGAAGAUUGGGUUGAUUUCGGUGUUAUCUGUGCUUUAUUAUUAUUAAAUGCUGCUGUUGGUUUCAUUCAAGAAUUCCAAGCUGGUUCUAUUGUUGAUGAAUUAAAGAAAACUUUAGCUCACACUUCAUUCGUUAUUAGAGAUGGUUCAUUAGUUGAAAUUCCAGCUAAUGAAGUUGUUCCAGGUGAUAUCUUACAAUUAGAAGAUGGUACUGUUAUCCCAACUGAUGGUAGAAUUGUUUCAGAAGAUUGUUUAUUACAAGUUGAUCAAUCUGCUAUUACUGGUGAAUCUUUAGCUGUUGAUAAAAAACAUGGUGAUUCUUGUUACUCAUCAUCAACUGUUAAAACUGGUGAAGCUUUCAUGGUUGUUACUGCUACUGGUGACUCUACCUUCGUUGGUAGAGCUGCUUCUUUAGUUAACAAAGCCGCUGCUGGUUCUGGUCAUUUCACUGAAGUCUUAAACGGUAUUGGUACUAUUUUAUUAGUUUUAGUUAUUGUUACCUUAUUAGUUGUUUGGACUGCUUGUUUCUAUAGAUCUGUUAGAAUUGUUGCUAUCUUAAGACACACUUUAGCUAUUACCAUCAUUGGUGUCCCAGUUGGUUUACCAGCUGUUGUUACCACCACUAUGGCUGUCGGUGCUGCUUACUUAGCUAAAAAACAAGCUAUUGUUCAAAAAUUAUCUGCUAUUGAAUCCUUAGCUGGUGUUGAAAUCUUAUGUUCUGAUAAAACCGGUACUUUAACCAAAAACAAAUUAUCUUUACACGAACCAUACACUGUUGAAGGUGUUGAAGCUGAUGACUUAAUGUUAACUGCUUGUUUAGCUGCCUCAAGAAAGAAGAAAGGUUUAGAUGCUAUUGAUAAAGCUUUCUUAAAAUCUUUAAUCAGUUAUCCAAGAGCUAAAGCUGCUUUAACUAAAUACAAAGUUAUUGAAUUCCAACCUUUCGAUCCUGUUUCCAAAAAAGUUACCGCCAUUGUUGAAUCACCAGAAGGUGAAAGAAUUGUCUGUGUUAAAGGUGCUCCAUUAUUCGUCUUAAAAACUGUUGAAGAUGAUCACCCAAUCCCUGAAGAUAUCCACGAAAACUAUCAAAACACUGUUGCUGAAUUCGCUUCAAGAGGUUUCAGAUCUUUAGGUGUUGCUAGAAAGAGAGGUGAAGGUCACUGGGAAAUCUUAGGUAUUAUGCCAUGUAUGGAUCCUCCAAGAGAUGAUACUGCUGCUACUGUUAAUGAAGCUAGAUCUUUAGGUUUAAGAGUUAAAAUGUUAACUGGUGAUGCCGUUGGUAUUGCUAAAGAAACUUGUAGACAAUUAGGAUUAGGUACUAACAUUUAUGAUGCUGACAGAUUAGGUUUAUCCGGUGGUGGUGACUUAGCUGGUAGUGAAAUUGCUGAUUUCGUUGAAAAUGCUGAUGGUUUUGCUGAAGUUUUCCCUCAACAUAAAUAUAAUGCUGUUGAAAUCUUACAAUCAAGAGGUUACUUAGUUGCUAUGACUGGUGACGGUGUUAACGAUGCCCCAUCAUUAAAGAAAGCUGAUACUGGUAUUGCUGUCGAAGGUGCCACUGAUGCUGCUAGAUCUGCUGCCGAUAUUGUUUUCUUAGCCCCUGGUUUAUCUGCUAUUAUUGAUGCUUUAAAGACUUCAAGACAAAUUUUCCACAGAAUGUAUUCUUAUGUUGUUUACCGUAUCGCUUUAUCAUUACAUUUAGAAUUAUUCUUAGGUUUAUGGAUUGCUAUCUUAAAUGAAUCAUUAAACAUUGAUUUAGUUGUUUUCAUUGCUAUUUUCGCUGAUGUUGCCACUUUAGCUAUUGCUUAUGAUAAUGCUCCUUAUGACCCAAGUCCAGUUAAAUGGAACUUACCAAGAUUGUGGGGUAUGUCUAUUGUCUUAGGUUGUAUCUUAGCUGUUGGUACUUGGAUCACUUUAACCACUAUGUUCAUGUUCAAAGAUGGUGAAAGAAAAGGUAUUAUUCAAAACUGGGGUGCCAUUGACGGUAUUUUAUUCUUACAAAUUUCUUUAACUGAAAAUUGGUUAAUUUUCAUUACUAGAGCUCAAGGUCCAUUCUGGUCAUCAAUCCCAUCAUGGCAAUUAGCUGGUGCCGUCUUAAUUGUUGAUAUCAUUGCUACCAUGUUCACUUUAUUCGGUUGGUGGUCACCAAGAUGGACUGAUAUUGUUACUGUUGUUAGAACUUGGAUUUGGUCAUUCGGUGUUUUCUGUACCAUGGGUGGUGCUUACUACUUAAUGAGUGAAUCUCAAGCUUUCGAUGACUUCUGUAACCGUAGAAAGAAGAAAUCUGAAUCUGAUCCAAGACACUUAGAAGAUUUCUUAAUGAGUAUGCAAAGAGUCUCAACUCAACAUGAAAAAUCUACUUAG